AUGGUGAGUGAUUUUGCCAAAGUGAAGAGACGAGCCCAGUUGGUCAGCACGAUCACGGACGUGCACCUUGCCAUCUUCCCCAGUGUGCUGGGCGUGUCGCUCUUCCUGCUUCUCGUUCUCUAUCACUACGUGGCUGUCAACAAUCCCAAGAAGCAGGAAUGAAAGUGGCACUUUCCCCACCCCAGGGUUCCAGGACAUAGUCUGAGGCAAGAUGGAGGGUGUGAGGGGCCUUCACACUUCACUUCAUCCCUUCUACCCAUCACAAUAUGC